CUCUGAACUACCAUCCAUCGGCAUCGGCCUCGACGUCUUCAAGAACACGAACCGGAUUUCGCGUCGUUAAAAAAUGGCCGACAAUUCCGCACCCGUCACUCUGCGCACUCGCAAGUUCAUCACAAACCGUCUCUUGGCACGCCGCCAGUUCGUGCUAGACGUCCUACACCCCUCCCGACCCAACGUCCCCAAGGACGAGCUCAACGAGAAGCUCGCCGCCCUCUACAAAACGAAAAAGGAACGAGUCGUGACUUUUGGUUUCCGGACACACUUUGGUGGAGGACGGAGCACUGGUUUCGCUCUCAUCUAUGAUGAUGAGGCAUCCCAAAAAAAGUUUGAGCCCAAGUACAGGCUAGUACGGUCGGGAUUGGAGACUAAGGUGGAUAAGGCGUCUCGCAAACUGCGGAAGGAGCGCAAGAACAGGGCGAAGAAGCUCCGUGGGACCAAGAAGGUCAAGGCUGCCGAGCCUCCCAAGAAGGGCAAGUAAUCGUCUGGGGUUUUUGCAUCUGCUCUUUCUUCUAGUCUCGGAAUGCAUGGUCGUCAGCGAAGCGUCGGGUGCUCGUAUGAAUCUAUUUGUAUGCCCCAUAUCUUUAAUCUCCAUGAAUCCAUGCAUAUGACAG